UAUCUGUUAGCCCUAGGCGUGUGAAGUUGUGCAAUACCCCAUGCUGCGAAUGGUUUCGUCCGGACUGGAGGACGAUGACCUCUGCGUACUCUCGUUCCCAGAGUAGGUCGAAUCUGUUUAGUCAUACUCUGCAGGAACGACUUGCACGUACGCAAAGUGCAAUAAACCAGCGGCUAUAAGAGGAAUCUGCGCUUGCUGUCGGACGCACAUCCUUGCCAGGGGAACGCAAGGAUGGCUACGGCAGGAAGACGAGCGCUGGCCGGCUUCUGGCGAAGCGUCAGCUCGGCGAAGCGAUGUCGAACAGAACUGCGCCCCUCCCCCUUCCUCCUGCAAUGCAGAGGACUUUGCACUGCAACCGGAGAAACAAGACAAGACAGCUCGAGUCUGGUGUUCCGCCAACUGUUUGACCAGACCAGCUUCACCUACACGUACGUCCUGGGGGACCGCGAGUCGGGAGAGUGCGUCCUGAUCGACCCUGUGAUCGAGAUGGUGGAUCGGGACACCCGGGUCAUCUCGGAGCUCGGCCUCAGGCUGACCUACGCACUGAACACACACGUGCACGCCGACCAUGUCACAGGGACGGGGGAACUGAAGAAGAGGGCGGGAGCGAAGAGCGUGAUCGCCCGGGUGAGCAAGGCGGUGGCGGACGUGCACGUGGACGAGGGGGACACGGUCAAGUUCGGCCGGUUCGAGCUGGAGGUCCGCAGCACGCCGGGACACACGGACGGCUGCCUCACGUUCGUGCUGAGGGACCACGGCAAGGCCUUCACGGGAGACGCCCUGCUCAUCCGCGGGUGCGGCCGCACGGACUUCCAGCAGGGCGACCCCGGCCGCCUGUACGACUCCGUUCACGGCAAGAUCCUGUCCCUCGCCGACGACACGCAGCUCUACCCCGCGCACGACUACACCGGCCAGACGGUCACCACAGUGGCCGAGGAGAAGAAGUUCAACCCCAGGUUGACCAAGCCUAAAGCCGAGUUCGUGCAGCUCAUGAACGAGUUGAACUUGCCGUACCCCCGGCUCAUCGACAAGGCCGUGCCUGCCAACCUGGUCUGUGGGCUGCAGGACCUCAUGAAGUGAGGAGAUCAGAGAACAAUAUUAGUUUACUGGCAAGAGCCACGCCCCCGCCCCGCCUUGGACACACCUCUGUUGUCAACCAAUCAGAGACGGGUGGAUUACAUGAACUAUCAGAUCUUUGAUUUUGCAACUUUUGAACUACCGAGGGCGUUAUGUUUGCAUAAGCACUUCACGCUGAUGGCAGGGGUGUGAUUGUAUAAUUGUAGAAAAAAUUAGGGGACAUUCGGAGUUUUAAGAUCUAGUGACUCAGAGACUUCAUUACUUUUAUCAAGUAUCAUAUGUUGACAAUCUUUUUCACUCAAGUUUAUAUGAUAUUUCCUUGCAACGAAAUUCUAAAGCAAAGCAAAGCAAUACCUCCAAACCAAGCUGCGAAUGACUCAGCAGAAUUGUUUUACAAACAGCCUCCUCAGAUCGUUACCGUAAAUGCUUGUUGACAGCUGUUGUGACUGCGUAAUUCAGUCACCGACCUUGAAAGAAAAAAAAACAUUGAGGGACCGACCACGAAUGACCUGAGCGGGUCGCUUUGAUCUCCAAGCAGAUGUUGGAGGGGGAGAUCCUGUGGUUUUCUGAUCGCUCGUUUUACGAUCGUCUCAUCUGACAACUGUUUGGAAAUCAGAUGACUUACCGCGGUAAUGUAGAUGCUCUUAUAUCAGGGCAACGUUAUAUUAUCGACUGAUUUUCCCCUCCAUUACAGUGGCACAUUUUUGUGCACAUCACCUUUCAAGGUGCAUUCUUCCCCAUCUACUAGUACCAUACCAGGUUUGUCCCUGAUGAAUAAGCAGGCGUCUAUUUUUUAUUGAUUGAGGGCUAGCUGAUUACGCCUAAACACCAGCUGUACGUUUUUGUUUGAGGAAGGAUUUCGUUGUUUAGAUCAAAGCUUAAUAGCAGACUACAUGUUAUACAUGUAGGUAUAUCGUUCUGUUUACCAUGUGCCUUUUCUGCAUGUGAGAACUUGAUAAGAGUGGUAUAUUUCUACUUAAAACGGGUGUAUCGUAUGCCAAAUAUAAUUCUUGACCCAACAAACACUAACAAGUAAACAAACUGUCAUGAAUAACUCUAAAUUGACUGGCAAUGUCUGUAUAUAAAUAUUUUGCUGCGACUACAGUCAGCAAGAGGUCUUGGGAAUCCUUUCAUGAUCACACGCACCAUAUUGUUCACUCAAAUGUGACAUUAUGUAUCUAAACGUUGUGAAAAAUAUUUUCUGAUUUUUGUACAGAUCUCUGUAAUUGAGAGACUUAAGCACAAAAUGGCAUUAUUGCUCAGAAAUUGAGUGUCAAUCAUUGUACAUGUGUACUUACCUUAUCAAUUGUCGCUGAUACCGUAACAGAAAUAGUUGUGAAAAGUUGGUCGACUGAGCCCUUUGUUUUCUGUAUAUUGAUACUGUACACAAUAAUAACACAGUCAAGAACUGUUCUGCAAGUA